AUGUCUGUUGCCGCAAGGCCCACGUGCAAUGGUACCAAAAUGCAGACAAAAAUGAGCACCUGGACACCACUGAAUCAUCAGUUAUCCAAUAACAAUGUUUUUAUGGAGAGAAGAAAUCUGCUUGGAAAAUGGUUUGAUAAAUGGACAGAUAACCAACGAAAGCUGGUGUUUCAGGACUUCUUGUCCAGAUGCACACUCAGUCAGCUGAAAUAUCUAAGACAGACUCUGUGUAGCCAGGUGCCAGAGGAGGCUCUGGACUUCAUUACCGUCCUCCCCAGGGUCAUAUCUCUUUAUAUCUUCUCCUUCCUGGAUCCCCGAAGCCUUUGCAGAUGUGCACAGGUGAAUUGGCAUUGGAAGACUCUAGCAGAACUUGAUCAGCUGUGGAUGCCUAAAUGCUUGCGUCUUGGUUGGUGUAUAAAGUUUACCCCCACGCCAUUUGAGCAAGGAGUUUGGAAGAGACACUACAUUGAAACAGUGCUGGAUCUUAACAUCAGCAAGCCAAAGACCCCUGCACAGGAGGCGUUUGUAAUUCCUGAGGUGAAAGUGAUUGGCUGCCAGGCUGAGGAUCAGAUCACAGAGGCUGAUUUUGGAGAGAGGAGACCCGGCCCCGUGAGUCAGCAUGGGACAGGGUCAACGUGGUGUAAAUCUCAAAGAACAGUUAAAGGACCUCCUCCAUGGAGGGAUGCGGACAGACACCCUAAAGACACAAUCCGCUUCAACUACCUGGAGAAUCUAGACCCAAUUGAACAGGCUAGACAAGUAUGGGUUAACUUUAGUACAAGAAAACAAGAAAACAACAAGAACAACGUGCUGUCUUACAAACUGCAGAAAGCAAAGUCUCUGAUGUUCCUAUCACUGGAUUUAAACACAGCUGCUGAGCAGAGACAAAUCAGACCAAAGUGGGCGACUCUGAAUUUUGAGGCAUACCCAAACAACGAGGAUGCUGCCAAGAGACUGACCCAAACAUCCCAAUGGAAUGCUGGGAUACGUCCGGGUCCAGUGAGACCCCCAGUGCCUAGGCUAAGUGUGGAGGGACGUCGGGCAUCGCAGAGGUCUCAGAGGAGCACACCAACAGUGCCUCUGUUUGAGGAACAUCCAUGGAAGAUACCAGCAUCCAGCAGAGGAUCAAAUGAGGACUGA